AUGUUUCGAUUUUAAACUCUAUCCAUCAAUUGAAAUUUUCGGCUAUCUCCGACUCUUUGUACAUCCACUUUCUUUAACGUGGAAUUAGUAGUUGUCUUAACGGCAAAAUUACCAGGAGAGACUUCAUUCUGGCUUUAAGUCGUAGAAAAAUCAUACCGCCAGGAUGAUUCUCAAUAAACAUUACGAGACAGAUGUGAAAUAUGUGCUCGGGCAAAGUCACAUUGUACUUCGCAUGCUGGGUAUCUGGCCGUCGACCGACAGACAGCCAAAUACGAUCGAGAAGAUCGCGAAUAUUUCUCUUGUGAUCAUCAGCUAUUUGCUUGUACAAUGCGACUUCGUACCGGGUAUUCUUUAUUACGUGGUCCUAGACGGUGAAUGGCGCGAGAAACUGAAAUUUAUGCCGCCGGUCCUGUUCUCGUUCAUGGCGAUUGCCAAGUACAGUAAUUUGCUCAUCUACAAGUACGACGUGAGGAACUGCCUGUGGCACAUUAAGGAAGAUUGGAGAACGGUAGCUAUCGGUGAUGCACGAGAAGUAAUGCUGAGCAAAGCCAAUAUUGGCAGACGAUUAUUCAUCUUGUGCUGCACAUUUAUGUAUUGCGGUGGAGUGUCUUAUAAUACGGUAGUGCCGUUGUCGAGAGGAAGCACCAUUAUCGAUGAGAAUACAACGAUUAGGCCCUUAUCCUGUGCCGGUUAUUACAUUUUCUUCGAUCCGCAAAACAGUCCUGCCUACGAACUCGUGUUUCUCCAGCAAAUUCUUUGCGGUUUCGUCAUGUACACGAUCACCGUGACAAUUUGCGGUCUGGCCGCCGUCUUCGCAAUUCAUGCGUGCGCGCAGAUGGAAAUCCUGAUGCGACUGAUGGAGGGCCUUACCGAUGACAGCGAAUUUGAACAGCGAAACGUCAGUGCAAAACUAGCAAUCGUAAUCGAACGUCAAAUACGAAUACAAAAUUUCUUGCAACUGGUGGAGAAUACUUUACGCUACAGUAGUUUAGUCGAAAUCGUGGGGUGCUCCGUGAUCAUAUGUCUUGUCGGAUACUCUAUAAUAGUGGAAUGGGAAGAUAGAAACUUACCGGCUCUAAGUUCGUACUUAGUAUCUCUCGUAUCUGUUCUUAUUAACAUUUUUAUUUUAUGUUAUAUAGGAGAGUAUAUAACGACGCAGGCAGAUGAGGUGAGCUUAACUAUUCGCACUCUCGACUGGUAUCGUCUUCCGACAAACGUGGCACGAGAUAUGACACUGGUGACAGCCGUUUCGAACCUUCCACCACGAUUUACCGCCGGAAAAUUCAUCGAACUGUCCUUUAGAACGUUCGGUGAUGUAAUUAAGACGGCUGUAAUUUAUCUUAAUAUGCUUCGACAAUUUACCGAAUAAAUGAUAAGAUUGAGAUUGGCAACAAAUUUCUUUGAGCGAUA